UGUCAGUGUCAAAAUUGUAAAUCAAAAAGAAACGCGUGUGAACCUAUUUUAUUUUGCUUCGUGCGUUGUACAACAAAUAUCAGUUUCUCUCGGCGAUAUUCACUGGUUCACAAGAAAUGGUGACAUAACGAUUUCUAUAAAAAUGGCAGCUAUUAAUAUAAUUUAAUAUUCAACCAUAAAGGGCAGGUGAUUGUUAUUAUUGUGUUCGCAAAUCAAUAAUUUCGUUAACAAAAUGGAAGGCAAGAAGAUAUCCUUCGGUUUUAUGAAAACGAAAAAGCAAGACAAACCGGUAACCACUGAAAAGAAAGAGUACAUUGAGUGCGUGGAAGAAAAAGCCAUUAAAGUUAUUGGAGGCGAGGUCAUAGAAGAAGCUAAUCCAUUGGUAAUACCCAUGAAACCAAACACCUUAAUAACAGCAGAGAAACUUAAAGAAAUUGCUGUUAAAGUGGAAAAUUUUGAUGAACCAGAAAUUAAAGUUGAAAAGGAGGAGGAGCCUGUGGUGCCUGAGAAUGAAACCUUAGAUCAGAUGGCCAUUAGAGAGUUGAUGAUGGAAGCAAAAAAAGUUAAGAAAGAAGUUGAAACAGAAGAGUUAGUUUUGCCAAUCAAUGCCAAACCAGUAAUGGAUGGACAAGCAGAGGCAACACUGGAUGACUAUGAGUCAGUUCCUAUACAAGAAUUUGGGAUGGCAAUGCUACGUGGCAUGGGCUGGACACCAAGUAAAGAUCAAUCUAAAUACAAGCAACCUCAACUACGUCCGAAAGGUUUGGGUCUAGGCGCCGAUAAAGUGAUCAAAGAAAAGGAAAAAAGCCAAUCUGCCAAAGACAAGGAGGAAGAAUUGUCUAUAGUUAACAACUCAUUUGUUAAGAUAACAACUGGGAAAUACAAUGGACUGUAUGGCAAGGUGGUAAGUUUAGACGAAGAGAACGGCCGCGUCAUGGUCGACAUAACAAUGAAGAAGACAACGGUCAGCCUCAGCGAGUUCAUGAUGCAAGCUGUCACAAAAUCCGAGUUUGAUAAGCAGUCAAAGGUUAUAAACUCGGAGUCCUAUGAAGAAUAUAAAAAGAAAGAAUCGCUUAAAUCUUCCAAAAGUUAUAAUUCAACAAAAUCAGUGGAAGUAAGAAAUGAAGGAACAUCGAGCAAAAAGUCGAAUGAUGCCCGCGAAAAAGAAUAUAUGGAAAAACGUGAAGUUAAACGUAAUGAUGAUGAAAAACACUCAAAUGGAAAUAAAAGUACCGAGAAGGACAGACAUAGAAAAGAAUCUUCUAGCAGCGAGGAAGAACGAAGUCGACACAGAAAGAAGAAUAACAAGAAAUACAGUAGUAACGAAUCUUUAAGCUCCGAAUCUGACCAUAGACGUAAAGCAUUUGAUAGAAGACGGCAUAGUAGUAGCGAAUCUUCAGAUACAAGUAAUCGUAAGAAAGAGAAAAGUCGCAGAAGUAAGUCAUCUAAAGAAAAAAAGGAUAUAGACAAGAAAAGAAAAGGAAAGAAGAAAAAGAGGGAUAGAGAUCGCUCACCUAACUAUAAAAAGUAUAGAAAAUAAGACUUAAAAAAUAAUUUAUUA